UGCAGGAUUGAGGCGCACCAGGGCAGGAGGGAGAGGGAAGAAGAGAGCAGCUCUGACCAGCAUCGCCUCACUCCAAACACACAGAUAAUCAUGAACGUCUCGGAGGCAGAGUUGCCGUGGCGACCACAGACGGAGCUGAAAAGCGUGGAACUGCAGGUUCGGGAACUGUACCCGUUCCAUGACGGUUGGAACGUGGCCUGCUUCGUCAUCCUGCUGCUCUUCAUCCUUACGGUCCUCUCCCUCGCUGCGCUGGCGUUUCUCUACGAGCUGCUGGAUUGCGGCUGCUUCGCCAAGGGCAAGACGGUGCGCGAGCAGCGCGAAGAGCCUGGCACCUUCUGCCGGGUGAUGGAGAGAGUGGGGGGCAGCAGCCACACAGAGGUGGUGUAG